CACUGAAAGAUAUCCCCCCUCGACAUCACCAGAGUCAGACGCCGACGACACUGUCAAGAUGAACGGUGAAGAUCCGCCCGAGCGGCCCGAAUAUGUCCUCAACAUUAUCAAUGGCCUGGAACGGUACAACCCUGAGGCCGUUGGUGCCCUCGAGGGCUACCUCACGGAGCAGUGUGAGCAGAAGUAUUGCGACUGUAAUGCGAACCGGACACUCCUCAAGCUUUGAGGGCGGACGUAAUGGUAUCGACCUUGCGGCCUCCUUUGAAACGAAACUAUCCGUUCUGAGUGCAGCCCGAUUCUCCCUUAUUUUCUCGCUCUGUUGCUUUCGAGGAG